UGACGAAACAGUUUUGGCUAAUGAUAUUGGAAAUGUUUUUGUUCAAAAAAUUUCUAGCAUCCGGGAUGAGUUGGACAAUGUUGUUCCACAAGAUUUUGCAACUGAAACAUGUAAUGUGGUACCCUCAUUUGGCUCCUUCGUUUCAUUAUCCGAGGACGAUGUCCGUGCACUAAUUACCACCUCUAAAGUGACUUCGUGUUCCUUGGAUCCGAUACCAACAACCUUACUAUUGAAGUGUAUUGAUACAUUGUUGCCUGUAGUUACUAAAGUUAUCAAUGUGUCUCUGGAGUCUGGCUAUUUCCCUAGGGAUUGGAAAGAAGCUGUUGUUCUUCCAUUACUUAAGAAAUUAGGUUUGGAACUGGCGUUUAAGAACUUACGUCCGAUUAGUAAUUUGGCGUUUGUUUCAAAACUGAUAGAGCGUGCUGUUUUUAAUCAGACUCAUGAUCACUUGCAACGGUCACGACUUUAUCCUCUUUUCCAAUCGGCGUACCGUAAAUAUCACAGCACCGAAACAGCCUUAUUAAGAGUUACCAAUGACAUAUUAUUGAAUAUGAAUUCUCAGCGCGUCACAUUGUUAGUUCUGCUCGACUUAAGUUCAGCAUUUGACAACAGUUGA